AUGGCGGAUCAGGAUGUUUCCACCUCGGAUACCUUCUACAGCGAGAGCCCAAUCGUCGACGACGUGAUACCGCCUUUUUUUAACACUACAUUCUCAACACAUCGAGUAUCGCCGCUUUUUACUGGGGCGCAACCUCUGGACCAGCCUCGGCUUGACGUACUCGCCCACCGCCUACGGGAUACUCUUGUCGGGGACGUUGUUCGUGGCAUUCAAAUCGGGCUGGAGUCUCUUGAAACACCCGCUGGACAAGUCGGGCCGCUGCGUUAUGUAAAAUUUCGCUGGUUUUCGCCCGGCGACGUUCUUGGUGAUCGAGAUGUUCUUGACGACGCUCCUGACCGCGCGCGAGGGGAUGCUGGUGAUGGCGCCGACAAGGGUCUCUGGGUAGAAAUCCGGCACGAGAAUGCGGCCUACGUCGCACUCCUCCUCCCUGGAUAUACGACACAACAGCAACUCUCUUCGGUCAAGCCGUCAGACUGGGCUAUGCGUCCUGGAAGGGCGGCCACCGACAAUGUGCUCGAUGAAGCAAGAUUCCUUCACCUGCCCUUACUUUUGCUACGCAUGCCACAAGCGCUCAAGCACGUUAUUGGCGACUGGCUCUCGACGACAUUUGAUUGCCGCGUGAGCAAGCUGUCGCUCGGAACAAAAACAUUGGUCAACAUAUGGGAGGGAUGGAUAGAGACUAUGGGCUUGUCGAACAAGGGACCCGACUUUGUCGUCACACUGGCUUUCAACGCGCCGCUUCGCGACGGCGACGGCGGUCUCAACUCGGAUUCUGAUUCGGACGCGGAGGAGACAAUGGAGCCAGGCCUUCGAAAUAUGAGUGUGGCGGUUCCGCCACAGGAUCUUCGCCGCUUCCUGCGUACAGGCGAAAGGCUGCGGCCGGAGAAUAGCGGCACACCGGCCCUCUGGGAAAAGGAUGCGCGUGAACGCCGGCGCUUGGCCGGCGGAAACAUGGAUGACGGAUGGGCCUGGAGAAGCGCGACGAGCGCGGGCGAUCAGCCCUUCACGGCGGCGCUGGGGAGAUAUCUGCAGCACCACCUCUCGCUGAACAUGUUCCAUCCCAGCGUGCGCAUUGUACAGAUUUCGUGCGGCGGAUUUGUGCUUGCGCAGUCGCGGCUCAAAAUUUUACGUCGUGGAGACCUGACGGAUGAUUUGUCGCGGGCGGCGUGGAUGUUUGCGACCCAGCUCGGUGGAAGGAUACGCGGAGACGAGCUGCCGUCUGUGAUUCCGGCGGCUGUACCUUGA